AUAAAGCUAUAACCCUUUCGCUUGUUCGACUCCACUUACGUCGCUCCAUCGGAGCUGAAACACACCACAACCAAACCAAACCAAACCGCCAUUUCUCUUCCAAAAAAAAUGGCCGGUCCCUUGCUCCGGUCUCUCUGGUCUACCACCAGAAAAUCCCUAUCCACCUCCACCUACUACUACUCCACUAAAUCCACCGCCACUCCCAAACCCUAUGCCUAUGCCCGCCGCGCCUUCUCGUCCGCCGCGACGGCCCCCGCGCCCGCCACGGCUCCCGGCGGCGCGCUGGACCCCAGCCGCCUCCGCAACGUGGCUGUCAUCGCCCACGUCGACCACGGCAAGACCACACUCAUGGACCGCCUCCUCCGCCAAUGCGGCGAAGACAUCGCCCACGAACGCGCCCUCGAUUCCAUCAGCCUCGAGCGUGAGCGCGGCAUCACUAUCGCUUCCAAGGUUACGUCUAUUUCGUGGAAGGAAAAUGAGCUUAACAUGGUUGAUACACCUGGACAUGCUGAUUUCGGUGGUGAAGUUGAGCGUGUAGUUGGGAUGGUUGAGGGAGCCAUUUUGGUUGUAGAUGCUGGUGAAGGUCCGCUUGCCCAGACAAAGUUUGUACUUGCUAAAGCCUUAAAAUAUGGUUUACGUCCUAUUCUUCUUCUAAACAAAGUGGACAGACCUGCAGUCUCUGAGGAAAGGUGUGAUGAAGUUGAGAGUCUGGUUUUUGAUCUUUUUGCGAAUCUUGGUGCUACAGAGGAGCAACUAGAUUUUCCUGUUCUUUAUGCUUCUGCUAAAGAGGGAUGGGCUUCGUCGACCUUCACAAAAACCCCUUCGGAUGAUGCAAAGAAUAUGGCAGAUUUGCUUGAUGCAAUUGUACGACAUGUCCCACCGCCAACAGCAAGCCUUGAUGCACCGUUCCAGAUGAUGGUGUCUAUGAUGGAAAAGGACUUCUAUCUUGGGCGAAUAUUGACUGGUCGUGUUUCUUCUGGACUUAUUCGUAUUGGUGACCGAGUACAUGGACUUCGAAAAACGGAUUCUGGGGCUGAGAAAAUUGAAGAAGGAAAGGUGGUGAAAUUGAUGAAAAAGAAGGGUACAAGCAUGGUUGUAAUUGAUAGUGCAGGAGCUGGAGAUAUAAUAUCAAUGGCCGGGUUGGCAAGUCCAUCAAUAGGACAUACAGUGGCAAAUGUGGAGGUCAUGGCUGCUCUGCCCCCCGUUGAGCUGGAUCCUCCAACCAUUUCAAUGACUUUUGGUGUCAAUGACUCCCCUUUGGCUGGUCGUGAUGGGACCCAUUUGACCGGUGGAAAAAUUGGUGAUCGCCUAGUGGCUGAAGCAGAAACAAAUCUUGCCAUUAAUGUCAUCCCGGGUUUGCAAGAGUCAUAUGAAGUCCAGGGUAGAGGAGAGCUUCAAUUGGGUAUCUUAAUUGAGAAUAUGAGGCGUGAAGGAUUUGAGCUCUCUGUCUCACCUCCUAAAGUCAUGUAUAAAACUGAGAAUCGUGAAAAGCUGGAGCCAAUUGAAGAAGUGACUGUUGAGGUAAACGAAGAGCAUGUGGGGUUAGUUAUGGAAGCCUUAUCUCACAGACGAGCUGAGGUUACUGACAUGGGUCCAGUCCCAGGAAAUUUCGGCAGAACCAGAAUGUGUUUGACUUGUCCAUCCAGGGGGCUGGUUGGUUACAGAAGUGUGUUUAGCAGUGACACCCGUGGCACUGGAUUUAUGCACCGCGCUUUCCUGACAUAUGCCAAACAUCGAGGUCCUCUCGGAAAUGUCAGGAAAGGAGUAUUGGUGUCCAUGGGCCGUGGAACGAUCACAUCUUAUGCACUCAUGAGUUUAGAACCUCGUGGAACUCUCUUUGUGAUCCCCGGGAUGGAGGCAUAUGAUGGCAUGAUAGUGGGUGAACAUUCUCGUGAUACUGAUCUUGAUGUCAACCCAGUUCGCGCUAAGGAGCUUACCAAUAUUCGGUCUGCUGGAAAGGAUGAUACUGUGAGGCUAUCUCCUCCUCGCCUUAUGACUCUUGAAGAAGCGAUCGGAUAUGUUGCUUCUGAUGAACUCAUCGAGGUUACGCCAAAAUCCAUACGGUUAAGGAAGAAAUACUUGGACGCGAACAAGCGUAAAAUGAUGAGGAAUAAGCCCAAGGAGUGAACAGUCGACUUGAAUAUGGUUUUGUAACCUCAUAGUGAACCAUAUUUAUUUUUUGGUAGCCAUAGUGAACCAUAUUUACAUGUUCCCAUUUCACUUGUUUUAGUCUUUCCUCAAUUUUGGUUACUUAUUAUGCAAACAGUGAAUGAAUCUUAUUCUUUCACCAACACAGAUACAUGGAAACUCCAUGUUGUAUUAAUUUACAAAAAACAAAAUAAUACUAGGCAAUAAGAAAUUCAACGAUUGUUUGGCGUAUC